AUGGAUAUAGAAGACAUGGGCUCAGGUAAACUUGGCCAAAUUUUGAAGCAGAUUUGGAGACAAAACCAGAUGCUUAAGCAGGCACUUCUGGGUGAUGACCUUUGUGAGGGGGCUGGUGGGGCAACUUGGAUGGCCACAGUGGUCUUUCUGAGUCAAGAGCUCAGUGGGGCCCUUCACCAACUGUUAGAGCACACCGCGGGGACCCUGCACUCCACCUGCCAGCAGCUGUACAUACUGCUUGACAAGGAGAAUCAGUGUACCUGGAGACAAGAAAUCAUUACUUUCAUAGACUGCCUCAUGAAAAUAAAGGAACAUUUGGGAAACACUGCUACACUUCUAAAGAAAGAAGAAAAGGAGAUGUGUAAUUUAUGCAGCAUGGACGAUGAAUGUACUCUACAGCAGACAAUGUCCACCAUUCAAGAUACCAAAGCAGCAGACAUUGUUGCACGAGAGGAACCAAAUGUCAUAGAAACAGCUACUGUUUCUCCCACCAAUGGAGAAGAAAGUCCUUACACAAACCAGGUCCAGUUAAAAAAAAACAAAACACUUAUGAGUUCAGAAUUAGUGGAAAAAGAAAACAAUGUAUCAUUGAAUGGAAAUAUAACAGGGCAUGGAGAGUCACAGAACAAAAUGUUCCCAGAUAAUGCAGAAAAUGGAGAUGAUAAACAAAUAGAACACAUGACUGUUGAGGACAUAAAUGGCAACAGGAAAGAGAUUCAUGACAUAAUCCAGGCAACAGAAAGAGAAAUUCAAGAGACCUCAGAAAGCCAAAGAGAAGAGAUGACCGCAUCCUCAAAAACAUGUGAUAUCUCCAAUAAAUACGUGAAUAGUCUUCUUCCCAAUGAUUCAGAGAGUCUAAAGCAAAAGAAUAACAUAAUGGAAAAGGAGUAUUUUGAUGUGCAGAGUGACGACACUGACCCUCAAGUGUCUUGUUAUAUUACAGCACCAUCACACGUGCUGCAACAAAUAGAAUGCCGAAUAAUUAAUAGCAUGAGUUCUUUAAUAGUGAGUGAUAACGAAGAGUUGGUCAGCAAUGUCAUCAUCAUUAAGUGCUCAGAUAGGGAAAAGACAAUUCCAUUUCCAAUAUGCAUUGCAAUUCCAUUUACUGCACGUUACAGGGGAAAUUACAGAGACAUCAUGGUGAAAGCGUCUGAUGUAAACCUCCAAUCAAGUUACUUAAACCCAAAUUCACUGGAAGGAAUGAGAGGAAGUUAUAAGGGGACCUGCGCUGCAGUGAAAAUUUACAAGUUGGGUAUCUUUUCUGUUGUGUCUUGUUUAAAGAAAGAGUCCUUCACAGUAACAAAGAAAGGCCUCACUCUUAAGUCAAGCAUAGAUUCUCGAAUAUCCUUAAAUUACCCUCCAGGAGUCUUCAGCUCUGCAGUACUUGUACAAUUAAAGAUCCAGCCAGUUGACCCAUCUCUGGUGGCAUAUUUAAAAACCAAGCAAGAUACUUCAUACUCAGUCCUAUCCACAAGUCCUCUGAUUCAUGUUCAGCACCCAUCAACCCAUCCCUUUCAGAAGCCAGUCACUGUAUUCCUACCUUGUUCUCCACACCCUGAUAAAAAUAAUUUUGGGUCUGACAUAGAUCAUAAAAGAACAGCUAGUGCCACAACAAAUAGGAUCACACCUUUAUAUUUCAACCGGACAAAAAGCUCUUCCAUAAGAAAACCUGGAAAAAAUGCCUGUGAAUCUUUGAAAUUACUGGGAUUCAGAAGUCGAGACAGUGGUUGGUUUGGGCUUGAUAAUGUGGUACUGAGAACCGUGCAGAGUGGCUUGAUAUCAUUUGAAUUGUAUGAACAUUUAGAGAGGUUUAUUGUGCUUCACCUCUCUUCUGUUGUGGACAAUAGUCAUUUGGUUUCUUUUGUGAAAUCUUUAGAGGAAGCCACACUCAGCACCACCGCCUGCGUAGUGCUGUCUCACCAGAAGGACAAUCCGCACAGAGUCGCUAUUUUAGUGGUGCCUUCUAAAGAUUUAAACCAGGCACUUAAGAACUUGCGCUUGGAAGGGUUUGGGGGACCUCCAGAGUCAUCUCGCCAUUUCCAAGUGAGAGAAGGUGAACAACUUCUUUUAAGGUUUACUGGAAACAUAUUUGCAACCAGCAAUGGGAAGGACUAUGAAAAAGACUACAAACUUAUUUUUCACUUGCAAAGAAAACCCAGGCUGGAACUCCAAAUCAAAGAGGUGGAUGAAUUUGGAAACUAUAGCUGUCCCCAUUAUAAGGGCACCAUUGUAGUUUAUAAAGUACCUAAAGAAAAGGUAGUUCCCAACUUGGAUCAAUCUCCUAUAUUUAAUGAAAACCAUUAUCAGUUGCCAAUUUGCAAGUUACCAUUGAGAUUGCCAAAGCAUGAAAAAUUAAUCAACCGUCCACAGAGUACCAAAAGAAUUUCUACAGAUCCUUUAGAAGCCCUCUGGGACAACUUGCUCCACUGGCUGGCAGAGGAGCUCUCAGAAGAAAACGCCAAAUCUCUUUCUUCAUCCCUCCCUCUGCACCGCAGCACCGUUCAGCUCAUCAAACUCAAGAACCCUGAUGAUCUCACAGAACAGAUCCAUGAACUUCUUUGCUUCUGGAAAAAAUCGCUCCCAACUUCUACUGACAAACCUCGCCUUCUGGCUCGGCAUCUCCGCAAGAUUGGCAGGAGUGAUCUUGCAGAAGAGCUCAAAUUCAAGUGGGAAAAUAAAGUGUUCAGUGAACCACAGCCGUGGUUUGAUAUGGCAGCUGAGUAG